CUUGUUCACCUACAAGUGAAGAGAAUCUAAGUAGGAGAAAAAAUGAAGGUGAGUGCAGUUGAAACUGGAGAAAUUUCCCAAGUAGCAGCCCCAAGAAAAGGGAUGAUAAGAGGUCUCUCAAUAAUGGACUUUAUUUUGAGAAUUGUGGCAGCCAUUGGCACACUGGGAAGUGCAUUGAGUACGGGAACAACAAGGGAAACACUUCCCUUUACCACACAGUUUGUAAAAUUCAGAGCUGUAUUUGAUGACCUUCCGACAUUCGUGUUUUUUGUGACCUCCAAUUCUAUUGUAUGUGGAUACCUUGUACUUUCACUUGCCUUGUCAUUCUUCCACAUAAUAAGGAGGAGUUCUGCAGCAAAAAGUAGGAUUCUCCUAGUCUUUCUUGACACGGUUAUGUUUGGUCUUCUCACAACUGGAGCAGCAGCAGCAGCAACAAUUGUUUAUGUGUCACAUUAUGGCAACGUAAAUGCCAAUUGGUUUCCUUUCUGCGGACAAUACAACCACUUCUGUGAACGCAUUUCAGGUUCACUGAUUGGUUCUUUCAUUGCAGUGGUUAUCUUCAUGAUAAUUAUUCUCAUGUCAGCAGUAUCAAUAAGCAAGCAUUGAAAAUUGAAAUGGUGGAAUUGGACUGGUCAUGGUGUGCAUUGCCCUUAUUCUGAUUGUGCUUAUCUAGCCUUCCCUGCAGGCUUUGUUUUAAGCUUUCAAUAUAAACUAGUCCAAGUGGAGCGUAAAAUCCCAGUGGCAGUGUAAUUAACAUCUUGCACGUUGUUAUAUAUACGAGUUUGCUAAUUGCUAUAUCAAAUGUACUUAAGUUGAAUCUUUUUGCUCUUUUUAAUUUAUUGUUCAAUGUUCACUUC